AUGAAGAAAACUCAAUUCAAGCUUGGUGGCUACGCUAGGUACGGGGAGUUGAGUGCAAUGAUGAAUCACAUUGUGUAUAACUCUCCUUCGAGUGAAUCGUUUGAAGUUGAUUGGGCUGCUUUCAUCAAAGAAUUUGCGUUAGGUCAGAACAGAUGGUUAGCAGAUCUUUAUGUGAAUCGACGUAAGUGGGUGCCAAUAUUCUUCAAGAGUGAAUUUUGGGCCGGCAUGAGGAGCACACAGCGGAGUGAAAGUAUGCACGCAUUCUACGGUGGAUACCUUCAUUGCAAGAGUGGAUUGGUUCAGUUCGUCCAUGAAUAUGAUAACGUACUUGAAAACAAGGAGCAAAAAGAGCUUGAAGAUGAUGCUGCGGACUCGAAAGGAGUCAUCCCAUGUAUAGGGAGCACAGGCAUUGAGCGACAGUUUCAACAGGAAUAUACGAGUAAUAUGUUCCGGACCCUUCAGUUGGAGGUAAGGAAAAAAACCGAUUGUGUGGUUCGAUCAACUGAACAAAAGGGAGAUACAAUUUCUAUUAAAGUGGAUGAGCAGAAGGUAUUUUGGGGGAAGCCUGUCUACCAUACUUUCAUAGUACAGUUUGACCCUUUGAGUCGAAAGAGUCGGUGCGGGUGCAACAAAUUUGAAUCCGUUGGUAUAUUGUGUUGCCAUAUCCUUGCGAUCUGGUCAUACUAUAGAGUUGACACAGUACCUAGCUGCUAUGUUCUUCCUCGAUGGAGUAAGAAUGUCAUCCGCAAGCACACUUACAUUAAGAGUAGCCAUGACGUGGCUCGAAGUAAUGAAAGCCACAAUUUGUUUAGGAAUCUGUGUUCGGAGUUCUAUAACGUUGCUCAGGAGUUUGUUGCUUGUGAAGAGGAAGCAGCCAUCUUGCGAGCUGCCCUUUUGGAUGCAAAGUCCAAGCUGACUGAUCAUCGUGCUAGCAUGCGUUCCUCCACUCUUGAUGGGACUCAGAAUAGGAUGCCCACACGGAGCACAUGUGAUGUUAUUUUACAUGACAUACAGGGACCUUCAAGGGUGAAAACCAAAGGACGGCCUAAGGGUAAGAGACUUGGAGCAGAGUUGGACAAGUCAAUUAAGAAGUCAAUGGAAAAUAGGAAGAGGAAAUCACAACCGGAUGUUGUUGACCCUCGGACAGAUAAUGAUUGCCACGGUUCUGUAGACAACAGAGUUGAGGAUUCUACUAUAUGGAAUUCAGCAGAUGGUGGCGGAUUCAUGGACCUGUUGAACUCUUUUAGGCAUUUAUAG